AUGGAAACCCUGAAGAGAUCUAAAAGAAAAAGGGCACCAAAGCAAUCCCUCACUGAUGACUUCGACUACGAUGCUCCUAAAACAGUAAAGAAACUGAAGCGGAAGAAACAACCGCAAUGCACCUCAGAAAAUCUUAGUGGACUUUAUCAAUGUGAUCAUUGCCCACUGUCUUUUCAAAAUGAAGAACUCCUUUUUAAACAUGAAGAAGUGCAUUUUGAGACUGAGCAUGUAAAUGUGUGUGGGGAUUGUGGACUUGUGUUUGCUUCCAAAAUGUCCUUGCAUGCCCACAAACGUGUGAAACACAAGGAAAAGUUGAGCUCGAAGGGUCCACGUUUCAAAUGUCAAGUGUGUGAUAAAAUGUUCCUCCAUAAGUCAGGCCUACGAACUCACUUGACUAUUCAUACUGGGGAGAAGCCAUUCAAGUGUGAUGUAUGUGGACUCGAAUUCAGACUUAAUAGUAGUUUACAACGUCACAUGUGCAAAGAGCACUUUAGUUAUAAGCCCUUUAAGUGUGACCAGUGCGGAAAAGAUUUUAGUCAUAACAGUGACUUAAUGCAUCAUGUGCGGUCAGUGCAUGCCAAAGAGCGCCUCUUUGUCUGCCAAAUAUGUCAUGAAAAAUUUACUACUAAUGUUGUUCUAAUGAGGCACAUAAAUAUUCAUUUUGAGUUAAAAUUAAAUGAAUGUAAAGUAUGUGGAGCUAAGUUCUCUCACAGUGGAUCAUUAUAUAAUCACAUGAAAGUUCAUAGUGAAGAAAGAGCAUAUCAGUGCCCAACUUGUGGAAAAAGCUACAAACUGAAAUCUCACUUAAAAAAUCACAGCUGUAAAGUGAAUUCCAGGCAUCCUAGAAAAGAUACGUCAUUAGGAAGCUCAAGUAAAAAAGGUUCAAUUGAUGUUAAUGAUGUGGAGUCAGAGAAGUCACCCAAAAUAGGGGCUCAUCAUGAAUCAGUAUUUAGGCAAGAAUUUAAAUUGCAAGUCAGAUACCCAUGA